CAAAAGUGUGCUCUCAAUAUGCCGGCCACAGCCUGCCAUGAUAUGGUCUUUGGCGUUUCAAACACUGGUGCUAGCAAGGGCUGCGUCUCCUCAGUCAGCGGACUGCUGGACAGCAGGUCGGACUCGUGCGUAUUGCUGCUACAUUGCGCGGCGGCAGCAAGAGUGCUUCCAAGACGCUGACACAUGCUGCCAGGCCAGUUCUGUAAAUCUUGGACAAUCAGUUUUUGCGAAGUUGCUGGAGCAAUUGCCAUCGGAGUUGUUCGGCUACUUGCAGCGGCUCGUGCAGAGUCGGCAGAAGGCGCUGUACUCCCCCGCUGCAACCGCUCUGACCCACGAGUUGUUGAAACGCGCAGUUGUUGAGAUUAGCAGAGCCAAGAACUCAACCAAAGUGGGCGAGUUGCCGUUUUUGGGGACAGCCUUUCGAGCUACAUUCUUGUACUUCCUUUCCCUGCAUGGUUUGCGAAGGUUCAUCCCUGCCAAAUACAAGUCCUCCAUGAUGAGAAGAGAGCCUUUGCUUUGGUCCGGCUUCACUGACGUGUAUUUCGGCGCAUGGGGCAGGCGAGACUUUUGUCGGUGUGUCGAGGCUGGCGAGUUCUUCUCACGAACCAACACACAACUGGCACAAAGCGGCAUCGGGAGAGUGGACUUUCCGCGUACAUUCCUCAACGACACUUUGGAGCAUCACGCUCUGAGCGCUCAAAACUGCCACAUGUUUGAGGAGGGAACACUGCAUCCAGAAGCAACCCUGAGAGUUGCAUUUUCCUCCCAGUGCAUAUCAGGGGACAUUGCCACGCUCAUCACUUUGCUUCAUGGUUGUAUCCUGGAACAAGACAUGAACAAGGUGGUGUUGCUGCACGAAGGCAUCUUCCAGCUGUCCACCUUUGCCGUGGAUUGCCUCGAUGCGCGGCUCUGGGGCUUCACGGUGCGGGAUGCCGCGCUCCACUUCGCCAGGCUCAUUUGGGUCAUUUGGACGAAGAAGCAAACCUUCGCCUUCGACGCAGCGCUGCAGCGAGGCAUCGCGUGGAGCAGGGCCGGGAGGGCGAGAGGUGAGACGGGCCAGAGCGCAACUCCCGGCACCGGAGCGCCCUGGAAUUCCCAAUGUGGGCCCCACGUGCUGUCUGCGGCUGUAGUUCAAGAUCCCGAAGGGCUGAGUUCAUACGGGUCGCCAUCGACCCAUGGGCCGCUGUGUACGGAGCUGGGCCGCUUCUGGCUGCAGUUGAAGCUUCAGACUGUACCUCCUGCGCCUCCGGAGAGCUCUCGCACCCUUGCUGUGCUGCCAAUCACAAUGUCAUGGGAGUCAAAUCCCUGGCAUCACUUGCAUUGGUGGCUUCCAGCAAUUUGGUACUUCAAAAUCCAGCUGAACCUGUCACCCAAAGAUGUCGACGUCGCACUGGUUUUUCCCCGUGCUGACAUUGAUUGGGCUAUUUCAACUGCUGAAGGCAGAACUCUUGAUGUGAACUUCCGAGGUCAUACAGAACCUGCAGUUUGGUCAAUCCUGCAGCACACAAUGCCCUUCACCACAGAGGAAGCAAUGAAGCACUGGGGCCCAGACGGCAUUCACCGAACCAUUCUUGGUUGGCUUUCCGAAGCGAAGGCAAAGGCUUUGGUGGAGUUCUACGGAGCCAGCUACAAUCGCCUCAUUAUGGGACUCCCUUCUCUUCGAUUCUUCUUGCAGACGCCUGGGCUUACAUGUUCUGCUAUUGCGCGCGUACGACAUUGGAUACAGUCGCUGGGGUACUUUUCGGCUGGAGCCAUGCACAAUUCUGACACAGGCUCGUCAGCUUUGCCGGCUGGCUUGCUAAAGCUUGCCAUCAUUCAGAGGCCUGAUGCAGAUGGGCGCAGGAUUCUAAAUCUGGAUGAGGUUCUGAGCUUGGUGCAGACCAACUUCACCGAACUGAUGCCAACCGUCGUCCAUGGUCUGGCUCAUGGCACGCCGUGGGUCGACCAAUUUCAGCAGUUCUCCGGAGCAGAGACUCGCCAUGAUAGCACGCACCAACACAGCGCGCUGAAGAAACAGGGGUCGAGUCUGUCAACGGCAUGUGGGGCUUUGGAGCUGAGGAUAUACUCUUGGCUGCGCACGGAGCGGGGCUUGCGUGGCUUUGGGCUUUGCGAGCGGGCGCGGCGGUGGUUGAACUCAGGCAGGGCAAGGGGAGCAAAGCUUUUGCCUUCCACGAGUCCGGGCAGGAGUCGCAGCUCGCCUGUAUGGCUGCAAUGUGUAGACCUCAGGGCUGAGGGCAGGGGGAUAGCAGCCAUUUCGGGCAAGGCUCUGAGCUGUGGAAUACGGACUCUUCGGAAAUCUUCGGAGGCUUGGCUCGACUGGCCCGCAGCUGAGUAGCGUGAUCUCACACGCGCUGCAUGCGGUUCUAUGUGAGGCUGGAAUGCACCACAUUUGCACGCGGCCGCACGACAUGAAGGGUACCCUGGGGGAGGCACCGAUUUGUGUGCCACGGCACACGACGGUGGCAGUGGCUCGGCUAGGCUCGCCUGUCAUUUGUUGGAGACAUGAGCGAUGCGGAUGCCUACAACCACAGCGCUGACGUGCUCCCGUCUCUUGUUGGGCUACUGGGAUGGGCUGGACACAUCAAUGGACGCAUGUGCAGAUCGUUGAUAGAACACUUGAGCUCGGAUUUGCUGAGCUGGCAGGUCUUUGUUUGGCUGCCCAAAGCGGCGAUCCUUUUGCGCUCUGCUGUGGCCCAAGACGUGAGCCUUUAGAGCAUGAUGUUGGAGAUUCCAAAGGCUUGCUUUUGAACUUGUGACUGAAGGCUAUUUUGCUGGCUCUUGGAGAGCCGCUGCCAUGUGUCGACUAUCAUUGGUGGACCUGACCAAGCUGAUCAAGCAACGGAAACAGGUCAUAGAGUGCUAUACUGGCGAAGUGCCAUCGGUGGACCAGUACUAUAGGCCAUGGCUGACGACUCAACCAGCACCCUGCAGGCCAGAUUGCCGGUUUCACAGGGGCAUUGAAUGAUUUUGCUACGCGAAAUGGCAUCGCUGGGUGGAUGUGGGCCAGCUUUGUUUGCCAUCAUACGCGGCAGGUUGAAGCGGGCGAAGCUGUGUUUCUUGAAGCCAAGAAGUGCACGCACUGCGUGUGCAUGUGCGUGUGCGUGCGGAUGCGUGUGCAUGUGGGCGUGUAGGUCUCCAGCAAAGCUUGGUGCACAAAACAAGCAGUGCCACUUUGCACGGAUUCGAUUUUGUCAGCGCCUGUUUUUUUCCAGGGACGAUCUUCGGCGUGACAUGUUUUACAUGUUGCGUAGGGCAUUUGACUGACAGGCGCGCAACCGCGUAGGCGUGCGCAAGCGUUUCGCAGAGGCUCAGGUUGCGUAGCCUCGUGUAGUCUGCCCAAUAAGCGACGAUUUGAUAGGUUGAGUUGUCACGUGGCAUGUGCUGUUAUGAAGCGGAUAAUGAUAUGAAGCGUUGCUGUGGGGAUGGUCUGACGGCUCGUGAAGCCCUGCGUGUCCAAGAACGUAUGAUGUUCCCAAAUUCAAUGUGUACCUCUACUCGACUUGUAUGGACCUUAAGUUGCGCUGUUUGAGCUGGAGCUGCAAAAGUAUACUACACUUGUACUGAAAAGUUCUGAAUUUCCAGCUGAAGCUCCCAAAGUGCUCUGCAACCUCGCGGCGUCGUUCCAGUCCUCCGAAAGGCCACCGGUCAUCUACUUGCAGUGCCACAUGGCGAUCAACGAAUCAGCGUGAAGACCGGGGAAGGAAGUUCAGCAGCUUGCUGCUAACGGCCUCUUGGCUUUGAGCAUGUCCUGCACAGCGCAGCCUGAACUUCCAGCAGGAGGAGCACCGGAAUCCAGGGGGUGAGCGGAAUCCACUGCAGAUAUGCAGAAGACGUGACGCCAGCUCGGC